UUCACUUCAAGCAAAAGGAUUUUUGCCACAAUUAUUUGUUAAAAUUUGUACGCAUGUCGGAUACGGUUUUCAAUCAUUGAGUUUUUUAAAAAAAUUCACCAACAACAGUGUCAAUAGUGGAGUGAGCGAACACGUCGUCGUAAGUAUUUUCGUUUCAAGUUGAAAAACGGAUCCGCCGUCGUCGUCGUCGUAACGUUGGUUUUCGCUCCUGGCGUAUUGUGUGGUGUUUUUUCUUUAAUUUUGUUUUGAAAAACCGUAUUUAAUGUCUUUUUUUCAUUGAAAUCUGAAUCUCAAAUUACAAUAGAAAGUCAAAAUUUUCAUUGAUUACCAUCCAUUUAAACAUCACACUGCCUCCACCGAUGAUUAGGGCCUUUUAUCACGAAGUGACAGAAGCCUAACGAACAUAUAAACAAAUAGUCACAGUCAGCAGGAAAUAUGGUUCUUCCGUUUGGACUUGGGCCAGAUGGGCAGCAUCCGACUGCAUCUGGCCGUGCCAUGGUACCGCCGACGGCGCCACCUGCCGAGCCGCAUGUGCCCAUCACAACGACAGUAACGACCGUGCCUAUAAUCGUGCCACAGAGUCAAUAUAUUGAGUUCAUAGUUGUCAACGGUGAUGACAGAUACAUGAUCCGCUGCGAACGCAAAGCAGUCCUAGAAAACAGUGUUGAACUGGCGAAAAUAAUUCAUGCCGGUCCAAAUAGCGGCCGCAAAAAUGACAACCAUUUUCAGAUAUCCAACGUUGACAAGAAGGACUUCGAGCUACUCAUUCGAUUUCUUGAAACAAAAUUCGUCAAAUACCGUGAUCAUAUGCACAUUUUGGAGAUUCUCGAAUUAGCCAACAGAUUCAACUGCCCCGAUCUUGUCAUCCAUUGCAUACGAGAGUUAGACUUGCAGCUGACUAGUGCCAUUGUUUUGGAUGUUUUUCGCUCUCUGUGGUACUAUAAUAGUGCAGCUCCUUCGACCAUCCAUCAAAAUCAAUCGGUGACUAGUCAGGAGCCCGGGAAGGCUUCAUCGAAAAAAUCCAAAUCAACGACAACCAACUCGUAUCCAUUCACUCCUGAAGAUCACAUGAUCGCUUUGCUGAAUAACUCCCUGCAGUUGAUUGACAUGCACGCCGAGUUGGUGCUGACAAAAGAACAGAUGACAGCACUUCGUUUUGAGGAACUGGAAAUGAUUGCCAAACGGGAUGCCUUACAACUCCAUUCAGAGCUGGGGCUGUUUGAAUGCCUUGCCGAUUGGUCAUUGGAAGAGUGUCAGCGCAAGAAACUCGACCCUAAUGCCGAAAAUCGUCGAAGAGUUCUGGGUCCUCUGUGCUAUGCCCCACGAUACCUUACGAUGUCAGCAAAAGACUUUCGAAAAGCAUGCGACCGGGUGGAGCUGUUGGAUCCAGCGGAAGUCUCACUCGUUGCAGAAGCCAUCGACGGAAAGAAAAUGAAGCAUCUCACCCCCGAACAGACGCACAUGUUGGAGAAAUUCCGCACACCACGACCGGAGUUCGCCAAAAUGCCUAUCCACCUCAGUGAUCGGAGUAAUCCGAAGAACUACCCCAAAAAGAUGAGACGUGCUGAAAAAAUCGAAAACGGAAACGACGGAUGUUGGGAGAGUUUCGGAAUGAACUGCUUGACGGUAUUUGCAUGCAUUUUCGACUGAGUAUACCUACCUAUAUGCCUAUCAUAAAAUUAUGUGGACUCGAAAUAAGGAUAAGGAUAAUAAUAAUAAGCUUAUUCGAUGUUGUGUCGUUUUAAAAAAACAAAACAAAAAAACAAUUUUAAUUUUGUAAAUUAUCCUUUUCGGUAAAAAAUCACAAACUCUAUAUUUCACAUUUAUAUACAAACAUCAAACGCACAUAUACGAUUUGUAUUCUUUGUACCUUCACAUUUUUACAGACAAAACAAAAUCUUAAGCGUGAUUUUUCUUUCAAAAUACCUUUAUAAUAAUACAAUAACAUAAUUAUGAAUUGUGUAUUAUGAAAAGGAAAAAAGUAGUCAAUUUGGAGAGAGCCAUCUUAUCAUGAAAUGAACAAAUAUGUGUAAAAGCAUUUAAAUAUCUUGACUUCUAUUUUUGUUUCUAAUUUUUAAUAAAUAAAUUUUAAAAUAUUUGUUAUAGAACAUAAUAAUGUUAAUUUAAUGCAUUUUGUAGAGUAAAUUAUUGUCUAGAAUAAAAUAUUAGCAUCUUCUGUAAGUUUUAGACAAAGGAGUCGUUAUUUAUUUUCAGACUCAUCAUUGUUGUAUUAAUAGCUAAAUUAUAUCAUAGGUAUUGCCAUAUUAUCAGUUAUCAAAAUAAUAUUAAUAAAAAAAUUAAAUAUAGGGAAUAAUUA